GUGUCACGCGAGUUGUUUUCACGCGUAAAUGUCACGUUUUGGUUUCUUUUUUUGACUUCAUGUGGACAAAAUGGGACUAGAACGUAUCCAGAGAAGGACUGGAGUGAGAUGAUGCCACGCAGUCACGACUCCAUUCUGGUGAAAGUUUAAAUAGAGUUUAAAAACAAAAACAAAAAACAAAAAACAUCUCCAAAUGAAGAUCAGUAAGUAUUUAAGAGGGAGCGGAAGGGUUCUGGCGUUUGUUUUUGUUGCCUCUGUAUUGUGGCUUCUUUUUGACAUGGCAGCACUGAGGCUGUCCAUUGCAGACGUGAAUGGACAGCUCAUGAAAGAUCUUGUGCUGAAAGAAAGAGAACUGGACAAGAAAAUCAACCCAGACGUCAGACAUCACCAUGUCCAGAAGGUGAACCCGGAUAUGGAGACGUCUCAAAGCUCAGAUCUGCUUAACAGACCAGUUGUUGAGGUUUACAGGCGAAAAAAGCCUGGCGUUAUUAAAGCAGCACAGAAGUCCAGUGGUAACAUUUUAUCUGUAACUUUGCCCAAAUCCAACAAGGUGCACUUGGAUACAAAAUCAUUUGGACACAUGGGCGCUUUGGAAAAGCAAAACGCUCCAAGAAACAAAGUUACUCCAGGUGUUGGGGAAAACUUGAAGAAAGAAGUACUUACAAAAACCAAGGCGCCAUCUGCUGGCCAGGAAGGAAAGCUCCAAAAACUGCAAUCAAACAUUUCAAUAGACCACCAAAUACCAUCACAGGGCUUUAAAGUACCCCAGCAGGUCGUUUUGUCUAAUAAAUCCGACAGCACGCUGAAAAAGGUCCAAAAAGAUUCAUCAAACAACAUUCACACACCGACACAAUCUGCAAAACAGGAACACUCCAUCCAGAAGGUUCAGAUUGUUGAUAAAUCAGUUGUGAAAGAUAACAAGACCGAUUCGUUGCCCGUUAAAGCCGUAGUUCACGUCUCAGGAAAACCACCGCAAGCCCCUCUGAAUGCUUCAAAAGUCCAAACCGGAGAGCGCUUGAACUCUACAGGUGUGUGGAAACAAGGUGGGCUUCAUAAGGUCAUGACUCUGGAUUCGACCCUUAAACCAAGGGAUGCCCGUGCAAUGGGGCAGUUUGGCUGGGCAGCGGUCGUGGCUCCGGAUGAUCAGGAAGAAAGCAAGCGCAGAUGGAGCGAAGGUUAUUUCAAUGUCUUCCUCAGCGAGCAGAUUCCCGUGGACAGGGCCGUUCCAGACACACGACCUCCAGCGUGCUCCCAAAUGCUUGUCCACAAUGACCUUCCUACGACGAGUGUAAUCUUCUGCUUUGUGGACGAGGUGUGGUCCACUCUGCUUCGCUCCGUUCACAGCGUGCUGAACAGGUCCCCACCUCACCUGCUCAAAGAGGUUCUACUGGUGGAUGACUGCAGUACAAAAGACUACCUGAAGGACAAGUUGGACAUCUACAUGUCUCAGUUCCCCAAAGUGCGGAUCAUCCGCCUCAAAGAGAGGCAUGGUCUGAUCAGGGCAAGGCUGGCUGGGGCAGCUGAGGCAAAGGGCGAUGUCCUGACGUUCCUGGACUCUCAUAUCGAGUGUAAUGUGGGCUGGUUGGAGCCGCUGCUGGAAAGAGUGUAUCUAGACCGCAGGAAGGUCGUCUGUCCUGUUAUCGAGGUCAUCAACGACAAGGACAUGAGUUAUGUCAUGGUGGACAAUUUCCAAAGGGGCAUUUUCAAAUGGCCUUUAGUGUUCGGUUGGAGCACGCUACAGAACGAUUUCAUCAGCAAGAACAACAUCAAAGUCUCAGAUCCUCUCCGGUGUCCGGUGAUGGCCGGAGGUUUGUUCUCUAUCGAUCGGAAGUAUUUUUAUGAACUGGGAACGUACGAUCCAGGCCUGGAUGUGUGGGGAGGGGAGAAUAUGGAGAUCUCUUUCAAGAUCUGGAUGUGUGGUGGCGAGAUUGAGAUCAUCCCGUGCUCCCGCGUGGGUCAUAUCUUCCGUGGCGAGAACCCGUACGGCUUCCCUAAGGAUCGUCAGAGGACGGUGGAGAGAAACCUUGCUCGUGUGGCUGAGGUCUGGCUGGACGAGUAUAAAGAGAUUUUCUAUGGCCACAGUUAUCUACACCUGCUGGAUAAAAACGUGAUAGACAUAGGGAACCUCACAGCACAGAUCCAGCUGCGGGAGAAGCUCCAGUGCAAGAGCUUUAAGUGGUAUUUGGAGAACAUCUACCCCGAGCUGGAGGCUCCACUCGUCAAAGCUGAAGGCCUUGUUUUUAACGUUGGCAAUAGGAAAUGUCUGGUGCAAGAAAACGGUUCUUUAUCUUUCGAGAUCUGUGAUCUUAGCAAACAGAACCAACAUUUCAGCUAUAGCUGGGUGAGAACACUGCGCCAGAACAGUACUUGUGUGUCUCCACAAGCCACAGGAAGAGGCGUGGCUUUGGAACAAUGUGACAACACUAAGGCACAUCAUCGCUGGCUGCACAAGUCCAAUAAAUUUCUGGCAGAGCAUCUGAUCGCUGAUGCACAUCAUCAACGUAUGUGUCUGGAGGCAGGAUCUACAGGAGACCUCGCCAUGAAGCCAUGUGACGCAUCCAACUCCUAUCAGCAAUGGCAUUUCACACACUACUACUCACAGUGAGCCCUGGAGACUCUCACGCAGGAGAUUUCUUUUAAUCUCACUUUGUCGGGAUGAAGACAUUAUGUUACAUAGGGUGUAAAUGAAGUAUAAACAGAUGCAUGCAGAGACUGUAAUUUGGUUAAAAGGACUGUUUUAAGGGUUGGUGCUGUUUUGCCCCUGGAUCAUUUUAAGAGCAGCUCUCUCUCUCUCUCUCUCUCUCUCUCUCUCUCUCUCUCUCUCUCUAUAUAUAUAUAUAUAUAUAUAUAUAUAUAUAUAUAUAUAUAUAUAUAUAUAUAUAUAUAUAUAUAUAAUAUGGAUCAUGUGUUUUGGGGGAAUUUUUUUAAACUUCUUGGACUUUAUUUUUUGCUUGGUUGAAACAAGAGCAAGCAUUAAAUGUGCCUGGUAAAAAAUAAAAAACAGGUUGUGCAGCUGUUUGGAUAUUAUAUCAUUGAUUGCGGUACAUUGUCAGUAUAAAUUUCAUUAUUAUGGAGUAAACCUGGUUUGUUACACAGGA